UCCAUUUUUCGAGGGAAGCUUUAGUCGGCGGCGGCGGUGGAUUGUCUCCUCCAUUUCCAUCUCUCUCUCUCUCUCUCUCUCUCUGUUCCUCUAUCACGGCGAAGUCCUGUCUGAAUCCCGGAAUUGUCACUCUCCGGUGCAAAUCAUCGAAGAAAGGAAGCGACUUUCUGUAAUCGAGAGACAUUUGGGGGUAAUUGAUGGCGGCGAGCGCGAAUCCGACAGAAGGUUCAUCGGUGGAUAACGGUGGGAAUAAUACGAAAGUGGAUAAUAACUCAGAGACGAUAAGCGCGUUGAGGCAUAAUCCAGGGAUCUCUGUUGAUUGGACUCAUGAUGAGCAAUCGUUAUUAGAAGAUUUGCUCGCCAAGUACGCGUCAGAGCCUACGAUUGUUCGUUAUGCGAAGAUUGCGAUGAAGAUGAAGGAUAAAACCGUCAGAGAUGUUGCUCUCCGUUGUAGAUGGAUGUCUAAAAAGGAAAACGGAAAGCGUAGGAAAGAAGAGCAUUCCUUAAGGAAGAGUAAAGAUAAGAAAGAAAAAACUACGGAUUCUUCAGCAGCCAAGUCCACAUCUCAUUUGAAUGUGCAUCCGAAUGGUCCUUCAUACGCUCCUCCUCCAAUGAUGCCAUUAGACACUGAUGAUGGCAUUUCAUAUAAAGCUAUUGGUGGUGUGAGUGGAGAUCUUCUCGAACAAAAUGCUCAAAUGUUCAACCAAGUUUCAUCUAAUUUCUCAGCUUUCCAGAUACAUGAGAACGUCAAUAUCUUGUGCAAAGCUAGGGACAACAUCCUGGCGAUCUUGAACGACUUGAAUGACUUGCCUGAGGUUAUGAAGCAGAUGCCACCUCUUCCGGUGAAGGUGAACCAAGAGCUGGCGAACUCCAUCCUCCCUCGCCCGCCCCAUCAAAUGAAGUCGUGAUGGAUCUUUAUAGAAGCCUAUUUUGAUGGUUUGAUUCUUAUCAAGGAAGAAAGGGAAAAUAAAUGGUAAUGAUGAUAGAAACAGACACGGGUUUUGUCUUGUCUUCAAUAGAGUUACUGCUAGUCUCUUUUGCAGUUUCGAUUGUUACUCAAUGUUUCAGCAAACGGUUAGGGUUUGUAUUCUUGUUUAGGAUGUGAAUAGAUUUCAAUUGUUUAUGGUAAAUGUCUUUGUAUAAAAUUUGGUUUUCAAGCUGAAAGGUUUGAGAUCACAAGAGAUGCUGUGUUGUUAGUAUAUCAUCAUAUUCUGGAAUGAAACAAAGACGGGAAUGUAUUGUAACA